AUUCUUCUCAAUGGGUUCGCACGGGGCACGCACACACGCGCGCGCACACAAACCCCGCCGAGGUACCCAAUCAAUGCACAAAUCUUCGGGGUCCCUUUAACCUCUGCGGAUGACUCCGGGAGUUAAUUAUGAAGCCUAUUUCGGCGCGGCAUAAAUAUGCAUUAAGCCCCCUAGACCCGGGGCCGGCGUGCCCGGCCCACCCCGCCCUCCGCGCCCCCCCGACGGCCGCGGUCGGCCGGCAUUCCCGAGCAGCGCGUCGGAGCUGCAACUUCGCGCCUAAGCGCCCGCACCUCGCAGCCCGGCGGGCGGGAGACAAAAGCUGCGGCGCCGCCGCCGGAGGCCGCGCGGCCAAGGAAUUAAUGGAGAAUUCAGAGAAAUCAGAGCUUCUACCCCACCACCCUCUGUCAUUGCACUGCCCUGGCACAUGGGCACAACAUCUUCUGAGAAGGGACACAAACUGCUCAGACAUGUGGCAUCCUCCCUGUAGUCCUCCUUUCCUGGCCGGUUGGAGAACGAUCUCUGCCUUUCUCUUCUGAACAGCUCCCAGCAUGCCCCAUGGGGAACGUUUUGGAUUUGAAUGAAGAGCAUAAAAAUGUGGUCAGCAUAUUGGCCUUGGUAUUUGAUUUUCUUUUUUCCGUGCAACCGGCCCCAGGAGGUGACUGACAAGUUGGGCCAAGUGCACUGAAAGCCCUGUCUCGGCUGGCCCAUAACUCCUGAGCUGCACAGACCCCUAAGGACCCCGUGAGCCGGCAGAGAGCCAUAAAUCCAGCAAGCUGGAGGCUGGGAGCUCACUGAUUGCACUGGGGAAAAGCAGCCUGAUCUGAUUGCUAUGUGAGCUGGAGAGAGAAAAGGUGGUUAACUGGAGUGCUGGAAAUACAACGACUUUGGAACAAAAUGAAGCAACAGAGGAAUGGCAGGAGGGACUGUAGUUUUCUCAUCUGUACAACAAAGGGACUGGAUUGGACUGCAUCUGAAGCCCUUUCAUCACAGAAAUUCUGUGUUUCCCUUUGUAACUAAGGUCAAACAGAUGUGGGAGGGUGUCAGGAUGGGAAAGCAAGAUCGGGGGAGCCAGAGAAGCCAGAAGAAGCAACGAGGAGGCCGACAUAUUUACUGCCCAAUUACUAUCACAUUUUUUGCUGUGUGUGUGAGACAGGGUCUCACUCUGUCUCCCAGACUGGAGUGCAGUGGUGCGAUCUCGGCUCACUGCAACCUCCGCCUCCUGGGUUCAAGCGAUGCUCAUACCUCAGCCUCCUGAGUAGCUGGGAUUACAGGCACAUGCCACCACACCUGGCUAUUUUUUUAUUUUUGUAUUUUUAGUACAGAUGGGGUUUCACCAUGUUGGCCAGGCUGGUCUCCAACUCCUGGCCUUAAGCCACUCAUCUGCUCAGCCUCCCAAAGUGCUGGGAUUACAGGUGUAAGCCACUGCACCUGGCCAACUAUCACAUUUAAUUCUCAGAAUAACAAGUGAGAUAGAUAUAGUUAUCCCCAUUUUACAAGGAAGAACACUGAAGUACAGAGGCUACAUUAAUAUCUCAAGGUCACAAGGCUCCAUGCUCAGGCUGGGAUUCCAACCCAGGCAGUCUGACCCAGAGCCUGCACACUUGGUCAUGAAGCCUUCUUGCCUGAGUAUGCAAUGUGACCAGGAAAACCCUGGAGGAAACAUGUAUGCAACUUGUGUUUCCUUACUUUGAAGGGUAAGAGUAGAAAACAGAUAGUCCCCAUGGAGUAGAUUGUCCAAAAUAUACAUCUGUCUUCUGGGAAAGAGGAGUGUGUGUGUGUGUGUGUGUGUGUGUGUGUGUGUGUCCAUAGGGGAUGUAACAGACAGAACCAAGAAGCGUGUAGGUGAAACUAUUUAAUAGGGAUGAAUGUAAAUUCCUGUACCUGGGCACAGAAUCCCCAUUAUAUAAAAAUAGAAUAGAGAGUUAGGAUCAGAAAGCAUCGAUUUAGGGGCUUCACCUGACAGCAAGCUCAGGUUGAACACCAGUGUGGUGAGGCUUCCAGAAAAGCCCACCACAGGGCUGCAUCAACAGAAGGGAAGUGUCCCACACCAGGACAGAACCCUUAGAGCAUUCGCGCUAGGUUGAGUUCCAGGCCCCUUGCUAUAGGAGGGACAGAGCCAGGCCGGAGAGGAUAAAGAGGAGAGCUACAGGGAAAGGGAUGGACAUCUGAGGAAGAGGUAAAACACUCACCAGUUGAAAGAACCAGGCCAGACAUGGUGGCUCAUGCCUGUAAUCCCAGCACUCUGGGAGGCCGAAGCAGGUGGAUCACCUGAGGUCAGGAGUUCGAGACCAGCCUGGCCAACGUGGUGAAAUCUCGUCUCUACUGAAAAUACAAAAAUUAGUCAAGUGCAGUGGUGGGCACCUGUAAUCCCAGCUACUUGGAAGGCUGAGGCAGGAGAAUCGCUUGAACCCCGGAGACAGAGAUUGCAGUGAGCCAAGAUUGCGCCACUGCACUCCAGCGUGGGCAACGGAUAGACUCUGUCACAAAAAAAAAAGAAAAGAAAAGGAAAGACCCAGGUGACAUUGUACAAGUUACACCAUACAUGACAACGUCAGUUUUCCUAUCUGCAAAAGGGGUUUAUUAGUAGGGUCGGCAUAGAGAUUAAAUGAGGUAAUGCUCGGGGCCAGACAUAAUAAACGUUAGCUGCACCAGCCAUUAUUAAACCCUGAGCAUGCUCACCUCAGACAAGGGGUGCAUCAGGGACAUGGCUGGAGGACCAAGGACAGGGAUCUCCAUGGCAUCGGUCCAGAGUCAC